AACACUCCUAAAAUCUUUGUCAAUAAUAAUAAACAAAAAAAGUUACUAAUAUAUAAAUUCAGAAAACGAUAGAUGAUGUUGCACACUAACCACUACGACCCCCUUUAUCUCUCUCUCUCUCUCCUUCUGAGAUUUUGAGAGAGUCUCCUCUCUCUCUCCCUCUCGCUCCUCAUGAUCCUAUUUUUUAUAUUUAUUUUUAUGUGAUAAUUACAGAUACACGUUAUAUAUCUGUACGUAUAUCUAUCUUAUAUUGAUGGAGACAAUUACCAUUGGAAUCUGACCAUGGAUCUCAUUUCUUCUUGAGAUAUUUUCUUCUCCCUUUCUCUUUUUUUUUUUCCCGUCUCCCAGAUCUGCUCGUCAAUCUGACCAUUGGAAAGCUUCAAGCUUUUUUUUUUCUGGGGACGGGCCAUAGAAUAAAAAGAGUUAGAGCAGACAAAGGCGCAAUGUAUUUCUUCGGCUUGUCCAAGGAAGAAGUGUUGUCACAGAAACAUGUUGUAUCAUAUAAAGAGACUUUUAAGAAGAACCCAAUCAAUAUGGUCACUCUGUUUGGGAAACAGGUGUAUCCAGUGAAAAGCGAGAGCGGCACCAAGUCCGGUGAUGGAUAUACGACUAUAAACUCCCCUAAGCUGCUAGUGAAAGAUAUCAAUCUUCAGCUUCCUGCAGAUCACUACUACGCUUAUAAGAACUUUCCUGAGACACUUGGUUCUGGCAAAGUUGGUGCUUCCCGAAAUACCGUAGACUUGGGAUUUCAUUCAGUGUUUGAAGCUAACAAGGCUAAAGAAGCACCAGCCACUAAUUGGAGUGGCAAGAGAAACCCAAAUAUAGUUAUUGAUCUUGAAGAACCUCCCACAACAGAGCAAGCAGAUUCUGUUAGCUAUGUUACCGUGAGAGACUGUGAAACAAAGCCGUCGUUCUUGACUGAUCGGAUCAGCUCAGAUAUAGUGAAGGCCGAUCAAUCUCUCGUUGAGAAUAAUAGUAACAAAGCAACUAAUAUGGAGUCAGGUUUAUUUGAUCUUAACAGUAUCCCGGCUGAUGAGCUUGUUUCCGAGCGUCAUUACUGUUUCUUGCAAGAUCUGAACUGUCCGUACAUCGAAGAGACAGAAACGAGCUGUGAGAAGAGCGGAAUAGAUGAUGGUCCUACGCCACUUUCCUCUCCUAAAUGCCAAAACAUCCAUGAAAAAGAAGGUACAGCAUCUCCAGCUUCAUAUACUUCUUGCUGCACCACGGAAAACAACUCGAGGACCGAGUCAAGAAGAGGUUCCUCUCCAAGAGCACUGGAUCCUUCUUGCCGUACCCGGCUUGAGUUUCCUGCCACGGAAGUCUUACCGGAGAACAGAUGUUGUAACGAGGAAGAAGAGUUCUCUGAGAUUAUUCAGAUGGCAGCUGAAUCAUUAGUCCACAUAUCAGCGGUUUCGUAUCAAAAUCAAGACUUGCAAUCAAAGCCCGUUUCAAGAACCAACAGCUCAUCUCAAGAUCAAGACUUUCCAGAUAAACCAGAGAUGGGUAACGCCGCGGAGCCGAGAUGUUGCUCCUGCGAUUCAUAUGAGCUACACACAUUAGGAAUAAGCGAAACCAACACCGAAGAAGACUUCUGUGUCUCAUCAAUGGCUCUGGAUGAGCUUAAUAACAUCACGAGAGAUAACAACAAAGAGAUUGGACUCAAGCUUAGAAGAGGGAGGAGAAUGAAAAACUUCCAGAAAGAGAUACUCCCGAGCUUAAGUUCACUCUCUAGGCACGAGAUCCGCGAAGACCUUAAUAUCUUAGAAGCGGUUUUGAGAUCUAGAGAGUACAAGAAGAUGCAGGGGAAGACGAAAGAUGUCAAAUUCGGAGCAAACCCGAGAAAUAAACGUUCAGCGUCACAGAGGUAUGUUGGUAAAGGAAGGCGGAAAAAUGAAUGAUUUUUUAAUAUCUUCCUCUGUUUCGGAUUUUUUCACACAAAUCCUUCAUUAUGUAAUCUUUAACAGUCUUAUGUUGUUCAAUUCUUUCUUUUCUUUUUUGACUUUUGACAUUGAUUAUGGUUAGAGGACAAAGGUAGUGAGCCGAUGACUUCAGUUUCUCA